AGCGAUCAGUGGCGGUCUCAAAGAAGCAUUGUCUCUCGUUAUUUACUUUUCCCUCGAUUAUCACUGCGUAAAUUAAUAGGAGCGGCGAUGUCGUCCAUGCGAGUCGAGGUGUCCGAGGUCCUCGCCUGGUUGGCCGAUCUGUGCGAGCAGGAGAACCUUCAAGCCGCCGUCAGGGAGAGUGUGAAGGGGGGUUGCAUCGCAGGAAUCGCCACCAUGUGCGGGGGUCUCCUGGGGGGUCCCGUUGGCCUUGCUAUCGGUGGUGCAAUGGGAGGGGCCGUGGCAGCGGCUGUAUCUCGCAGGAAAUUUAAGAGUGUGGCUUAUAUAAUCCUGAACGACUUAAGCCCAACACAAAGGAAAACACUCGCUACCACCGUGACGAAAGUGAUCCCCUCUCAGUUUGUAAACGCAGCAGCUUCUCAACUGACGCCAGAUAUGAAGCGGCAAAUCAUCACCGCAGUUCAACAUUUCUUCGGCAAUCAAUUGAACUUAAGUGUACGAUGAUUGUCUACUUAGUGCUUUUGGCGUUUUUUAUUUUCUUUCUGAUUUUGAGUUCGCGUGAGGUAUAACGUAUUGAGGGUGUUUGUAUUUUAAAAUAGUAUGUCCUGCAAACCUAGAUCGUUUUUUAAGACCUUGCAACAAAAAGAGAACCUCUAGAAAG